UUUCUUUGGGUAUCCCGUUCAAAGCCGAGUCACCUGCGGUCGUUAAAUUCUCGUGGGAGAAUAAUAUCUUUGUUUCGUUUCCUUGUUCUUGUUUGUCCAAGUGUUUCUUGUCCGCAUCGCCCCCCAACGGUGCCUCAUCCUUCGACCCUAUCAGUUAUGGAGAGCCCUCGACAAUCCGAUGCAAGCACUCCUGUGGAGCCUUGCUCCCCUGGUUGUGUGGACACACCGGCGACGCAAUCUUCCGUGUUGUUUGAUGGCAACCUGGAAGAAUUGCUGCGCAACUUUCCCCUCGAUCAGUACAUCCUCGUCACAGGGGGUCUCGGGUUCAUCGGCAGUCACACAACAUUGGAGCUACUCAAGGCCGGCUAUAAUGUAAUUGUGAUCGACAAUCUCAGCAACUCUUUCCAGAGUGUCUUCGACCGCAUCAGGCAACUGGCGGCAAAGUACCAUGACGAGCAGGGGACGUGCAUGCCGUCGUUGCAGCUCCACGCCCAUGAUUUCCGGGAUGUUGCUGCUCUUAGAGGCCUUCUUGAGCAGUAUCAGAUCCAAUCCAGAUGGGGUACUCCCAAGUCCAGGAUUGGUGGCGUCAUUCACUUUGCCGCUUAUAAGGCCGUGGAAGAGAGUAUCAAGAAUCCUUUGAAGUAUUACGCGAACAAUGUUAGUGGCCUCAUCGACUUUGCCACGACUUUGGGAGAAUUUGGCAUCAAAACUUUCAUCUUCUCCUCCUCCGCCACCGUGUACGGAACCUUGGCAACAUCGGGUCUUCCCUUGAAGGAAGAACUCUGUGUCCAUAAAGAAGAGGUCUACAGUGAUCAAGACGGUCAGGAGCAGACCGUCAGGCCUGGUUGCACGGGUAUUACGAACCCGUAUGGGCGCACCAAAUGGAUCUGUGAAGCGAUAUUAGCGGACCUUGCCGCCUCUGAUCCAGAAUGGACCAUUGUAGCUCUACGCUAUUUCAACCCUAUAGGAUGUGACGAGUCUGGGCUCCUUGGAGAGGAUCCCAGGCAGACGCCCACGAACCUUCUCCCGGUUGUCGUAAAGGUUAUGACCGGACAGUAUAAGGAGCUGCAGAUGUUUGGCACCGACUGGGACACCGAAGAUGGCACUGCAGUUCGCGACUUCAUCCAUGUCACCGAUCUUGCUAGGGGGCACAUUGCUGCACUCAACGCCGCCAACGGUGGAAAGCUGGUUGAGAACUUCCGUACCUUCAACCUGGGAACCGGCCGGGGCCACUCCGUGAUGGAAGUGGUCAACACAAUGGAAGCAGUGUCUUCCAAGCCUAUCCCGAGAAAGGCUGCUGGUCGCCGCGCUGGCGAUGUUGGCUCCUGUGUCGCUGUGGCCACAAGGUCGCAGGACGAGCUUGAGUGGAAGACCGAAAAGUCCCUGAAGGAUGCUUGCGUGAGCCUAUGCAAUUUCCUCAAUGUUAGCGGUCUGUCCUCUUAGGCCGUAUGCUU